CUCGAUUGUUUUGGGCUGCCAAAAAUGGUCGCGAAGUGUCAACCGUAGAAAUUCUCUGUCGUUAUUUUUAACAACACUAAUAAUAUUAAUAAUUAAUAGUUGUUUGCCGGGAUGGGAUUAUCGCAGAGCUCAGAAGCCCCUGAAGGAGGGACGAACGGAUACCAUGUUCACGGCGUGCAGCCUAAUUCUCCUGCAGAAAAGGCAGGACUGCAGCCCUUCUUCGACUUCAUUCUGUCUCUGGACAACAAAAGACUCAGUGAGGAAAAUGAGCAGCUAAAGGAGCUCCUAAAAGCCAACAUGGAGAGGGCCGUGAAGAUGGAGGUGUACAGUACUAAGAGCACGAGGGUUCGUGAGCUGGAGGUGGUGCCCAGUAACCUGUGGGGAGGCCAAGGUCUGCUGGGCGCCAGCGUUCGCUUCUGCAGCUACCAAGGAGCCAAUGAGAACGUCUGGCACGUCCUGGAUGUAGAGGCCAGUUCACCAGCAGCACUGGCGGGUCUUCAGUCCUACAGUGACUACAUUGUCGGAGCAGAUCAGGUGUUGCAAGAUUCAGAAGACUUUUUCUCACUGAUUGAAGCCCAUGAGGGAAAACCUCUGAAGCUGCUGGUGUACAACACCCAAAAAGACGACUGCAGAGAGGUGAUGGUCACACCGAAUGGAGCGUGGGGAGGAGAGGGCAGCUUAGGUUGUGGCAUCGGUUAUGGCUACCUGCACCGCAUCCCUGCAAAUCCAGAUGUGUUGACAGUGAAGCCUUCCAUCCCUGUUACAGGGGAGGUAUCCUCUCCACAGGAGCCAACACAUGGGUACACAGAGACACCUCUGAUGGCACCUUCAACCCCCAAUGAAGAAUUGUUAGAUGUGGAGCAGAUAACUCUCCAGGACUCUGUGCUACCUCCACCACUUCAGACAGUGAUGGACCCUGCAGGUUUAUCGGACUCUGAUGUGGCAGCGAUGAGCCCUGACCCUGCAGAUCUUUUGGACAGGCUGGACGUGUCCACGUCAUCCAUCGACAUGACCAACACUUCCCUGGCGAUGCACGAGGAAAAGGAGGGCGACAUAUCUGGUGUUGAGGAGCUGGAGGACAGUGCUCUGCCCUCAUUAUCUGCAGAGAACCAGAGUGAGCUACAAGAGCAAGUCUCUCAUGCAGCUGUGGAGCUCAUUGCUUCUCUCACUGCUCCUGACACUUGGUCUGACUCUGGAGUCCCUCCAGCUGAGACAUCUCUUCCAUGCCCAGAGUCCCCAGACCUUCAGAGUUUCAUCAUUGAAUCCAGUGGUAGUCCAAGUCCACAUUUGGGUGUGUUGUCCCUUCCUGAGGAUUCUCUUCAUCUUUCUACUGAAGACCCUCCUUGCUCGUCUCCAGUAGACCUGAUCCCAACCUCGGCUGCUGAUGAGGCUCCUUCAGACAAAUCUCAAGUCUUUGGUGAUAUAGAAGCGUCAGUGUGUGAGUCUGCAGAGCAUGUAGAUCAUCAGAUUGGUGAGGAGGAGCCAGACAAAACUUAUUUUGAUUAAGCUUUCCUUUGGUCAUGUAGAGACAACACAAAUGCAUUGUGGCGUAGACAAUCAAUAUUUCAAUUUCUUCUUUUCUUUUUUUUUGAAAGAAAGCCAUAAAUUGGUGUGAAAAAGCAUUUCUACCUUUUUAGAUUUCUUCUGGUUUUGCUUUUUUUGUUGCAAUUAUUUUUUUCCAGAUCAUCAAACAGAUGCUGGUAUCAGACAAAGAUAACCUGAGUAAAUACAAACAUCAGUUCACAAAUAAAUACAUUUAUUAAGGAUAGAGCUACCCACAUCAACCUGGUCCUAUGUGACCAUGUAAUCAUCCUGCUUGUUAAGUCAUAAAUUAACUGUGGUAAAGUCUGGGUUCAGGGAUCUGUCAAAAACCCAGAUUGCCAGUCCAUAACAGGGCCCUCACUCUUAAGGGCAAUUUUAGAGAAACCUGUUAAUCUGACAGUCAUGUUUUUGGACUGUAGGAGGAAGCUGGAGUAUCGAGAGAACUCAGGACCUUCUUGCUCCAAGGCAACAGACCUAACGACUGUGCCUCCAUGUGGCCAUUAGUGUUUACGAUUCAACAAUAAGAAAGAAACUGGGUCAAAAUGGCGACCAAGAGAGAAUUCAAAGGUGAAGACCACUGCUGACCAAAAAGAACACAGGCCUGUUUAAUCUUUGCCAAAGGCAUACUGAUGAUCCCGAAGCCUUUUGGGAAAAUAUUCCAUGUACUGGUGAGUCAAAGUGGAACAUUUUGGAAGGUGUGCGUCCUGUUUGGUCUGAUGUAAGACUAACACAGCAUUUUAAAAAAAUAAGAUCAUGGCUACAUGCAAACAUGGUGUUGGUAGUGUGAUCGUCUAGAGCUGCUUUGCUUCUGUUGUCCAGCAGAACGUCCUGAUGGAGAAUCUCAAGCAGUCAGCUCGUGACCUUAAGCUCAAACACGCUUGAGUUAUACAGACAGAAAAUGAUCUGAAGCACACCUGAAAAUCCACCUCUGAAUGGCUAAAAAAACACCCCAAAAAUUAAGUUUUCGGAGUGGCCUAGUCAAAUUCCAGACAUAUUGAUAUCCUGUGGCUUGCUCUUAAACAGGCUGUUCAUGCUCAAAAACCCUCCAAUGUGGUUGAGUUAAAACAAUAAUGCAAAUAAGAGUGGGCCCACAUUCCUCCGAAGCGAUGCAAAAAAACUCUUUGUAUUUACUCAGCUUAUCUGCAAAAUUAGAAAUAUAUAUUUCCAUCACUGCAUGUAGGAAUUAAGACUGAAAGUUAUCCCUGAUUGCUGCAUCACUGAACUACAUCACUACAGGGACAAUCUGAGACUAGCAUGAGAGAUGGAUAUUGUCUACAGGUACAAUGUUUGUAUAAAAUCAAGUUACUGAUUUUAUUUCUUGUUUAGUGGGAAAUGAGUGAACACGGGUUUUGAAACUUUGCUUCUAGCACUCUGACGAGAUAAGUACUUGAAAAUGGCUCCAAAGACAAACACAUAAACUACUGCAAAGCACAGCUGCACCUUCAGAUGUCUAACACUAUGAGCUGCACUGACACUACUAGACUGCUGGCUGUUAAAAUAAGUCACAGUCCUCCUACUGGUGCACUGUUUCAUCUCUCCUGGUGUUUUUGAAGGAGCAUUGUUUAAAUAGUAAUUAUUCAGAGCUUUAAUUAUUGGACAUUGGACAUGUUUAGUAGAGGUCCCUUUUGUUGGCAUUAUAAAGGGCUUUUUCUAUAGUAACAUUUGAAAUGUUUUAAUAUUUAGAAAACGUUCCAUGCCAGCUCUAACAACGUUUGUAUGUUUUAAUCAAAGUCUUUAGUUUUUAUUAUUGUAAUAACUGUUUUUCAGCUACAUAGCUUUUACCCAUUGGAGAUUUUUAUUGAUGCAUAGCUAGCUGUCUGCCCUCAGUUUUAUUAAACAGAGAUGCACUGACAAAUUGGCCGGCAACUGGAAUUAAAUUAUUACCUCAAAGGUCCAAUCUUUUUCCAAUCAGUGAACACACCGUACAAAAUCAGGAGCAGCAAAAACUACUCUAGUGUGGAAGUUGUUACUGAGGGAGGAUGACUCAAGGUUAGCUGUUUCGGUAUUAGUGAGGUGUCUGUUGUUCCUUCAGAGCGUAUUAUACAGUUUUGGUCAUUUUGUAACCUGCUUUUUUGGUAAGGAAAGGAGCAAUCCACCACAUUAUGUCACCUCGGAUAUUUUGUCAAACUGAGGGAGUGAAUAAUUCAGUGAAAUAUUUACAAGUCAGCUAGUUAAAACUGAGUGGGAAUUUCUGAUGUGUGGUUAUUUCAUGUUGCAAGAGAGUUAGAGAGAGCAAGACUUUCAGCAGAGAACAUGAAGGCUGAAGGUAUGACAGCAAACUCGUUUUUAUUCUUUUGAGCUUUCAACUUCAGUCUGUUAGCGAAUAAACUGAAUCUGGAAGAACUAGACUUUUGGAAAUCUUGAAGUAGAGGUUAGGACCUGCAUGCUCUAGGAAUAUAUACAGAGAUUGGUAUUUACAGCAGGUAUUGCUAACCAGGCUAAAAACUCUUUUUUUUAAUUUUAUUAGUAGAACACCGUUUUUCACGGACUCCUCUCUUUCAGACAUUAAGCGACAUCACUUCUGCUACUCAUGCUGGAUAGGUCAUUCGAUACAAGGUCAGGCCCAAUAUUUGACACUCGUCCUUUAUGGUCCUUAAAUCUGUACCGGCAGGUCAAAGAUUUACAAAAUGAUCUAAAAUCAAACAAAAAUUUCCAAUCAGUGCAUCUCUACUGUUGGGCAUCAUAAACACUUAUUACUUAUGUAGUCUAUGCAAAAGUUUACGGUCUGCAAGUUUAAAGGCGGUACAUAUCUGAUGUAUUUUUGAUGAGAAAACUUUUUGUAAGUAGGAGUCAGAUUAUUGAUGUAAUCUUGAUAUUCUUUCUGUUCUCUUUGUGGGGGUGAAUUAUUUUUCAUUAAAGUAGGUGAUAUCAUGUAAUGGUAGAUGUUUUACUGCAUUUUGAAUGACUGCUAAAUGAAUGUGGAAUGGGUGAUUGUUAAACAAUCGAUCUAGAAGAAAAA